CGUGCUGGAGGAGCAAGGAGGAACCUCUCCUCUGUUUUUUCCUCUCUGCGAACACACGGAUAAUAACCACACCACGGCUGGGAAGAUGUUUUUUCUGAUGCAUAUGGUUACCCUUUACACUCUGAGCGUCUUCAGCGGAGCAUCCGCCGUCACUCACUAUAGUUGCAAUGCUCCUCUGCUGUCCACGUUACCCCAUUCAUCCUUUCAGAGCUCCUCUCAGUCCUCGGUCAGUUAUGCGGCUCACAACGCCAAGCUCAACAGAAGAGACGGAGCCGGAGGCUGGUCUCCCAUGGUGACAGACCAAGAGCCAUGGCUCCAGGUGGACCUCAGGGAGCAGAUGGAGGUGACGGCCGUGGCCACACAGGGUCGUUAUGACAGCUGGGACUGGGUCAGCAGUUACCUGCUACUCUACAGUGACACAGGCCGGGCCUGGAAACAGUACAGGCACGAGGACGGCGUCGGGAGAUUCGUCGGGAAUGUGAAUUCGGAGGCUGUUGUCCAGAACAAGCUGUCCCACCCAGUGAGAACUCGUUUCCUGCGUUUUGUCCCGCUCGAGUGGAACUCCAGUGGCUGGAUGGGGCUCAGACUGGAGGCGUACGGCUGCUCCUACAAGUCAUAUGUGGCAGACUUUGACGGCAGAAGCUCCUUGCUGUAUCGGUUUAACCAGAAGUCCAUGUCGACGGUGAAGGACGUGAUCUCCCUGCGCUUCAAGAGCAAUCAGGCCGAGGGUGUUUUACUGCACGGAGAGGGGCAGAGAGGAGAUUACAUCACCCUGGAGCUUCACCGCGGACGAUUGGACCUCUACCUCAACUUAGACGACAGCAGGUUGAGGUUCAGCAGUGGCCGUGUUGCCGUCACUGUGGGCAGUCUGCUGGAUGAUCAGCAGUGGCACUCUGUUCAUAUGGAGCGCUUCAACAAGCAGGUUAACCUCACAGUGGACUCCCACACACAGCACUUCCAAACCAAAGGAGAAGGGCACUCACUGGAGGUGGACUACGAGCUGAGUUUUGGAGGCAUUCCACUGCCUGGUAAACCUGGCACCUUUUUGAGGAAAAACUUCCACGGCUGCAUGGAAAACCUCUACUACAACGGGAUGAAUGUCAUAGACCUGGCGAAGAGACGCAAGCCACAGAUACACAGCGUGGGCAACGUGACCUUCUCGUGUUCGCAGCCCCAGCUGGUGGCCUGCACCUUUCUGAGCUCCAGCAGCAGCUUCCUGUCACUUCCGUCAGCGGCGUCUGCCACGGGAGGUUUCUCUGUUCGCUUCCAGUUUCGGACGUGGAACCCGGAUGGGCUGCUGCUCUCUGUGCAGCUGAACCCGGAGCCACACAGGCUGGAGCUACAGAUCAGCAACAGCCAGCUGCAGCUGACCCUCCACAGCUCAGGACGUCCGAAAUCAGAGGUCUCUGCUGAUGGCAGCCCGCUGACGUGGUGGCUGGACUGGGAAGGAGAGAAGCGAAGCUACUGGGGAGGUUUCCUGCCUGGAGUUCAGCAGUGCUCCUGCAGCCUGGAGGAGAACUGCAUAGACAUGAACUACUUCUGCAACUGUGACGCUGAUGCAGACGCAUGGGCUAAUGACUCGGGAAUCCUCUCCUAUAAAGACCACCUGCCAGUGAGCCAGAUAGUGAUCGGCGACACCAACAGAACGGGCUCGCAGGCUGUCUACCACGUCGGCCCUCUGCGUUGUUAUGGAGACAAGUCUAUAUGGAACGCAGCGUCUUUCUACCAGGAAUCCUCCUACCUCUACUUCCCCACCCUACAGGGCGAGCUCGCCUCUGAUAUCUCCUUCUACUUCAAGACUAGCGCUCCUUCAGGAGUGUUUCUGGAGAACCAGGGCCUCAAGGACUUCAUCAGAGUGGAGCUCAGCUCUCCCUCAGUGGUUACUUUCUCCUUUGAUGUGGGAAACGGUCCAGCGGUCCUGUCCAUGAAGUCCCACCUCCCUCUGAAUGACAGACAGUGGCACUCCGUGAGGGCAGAGCGCAACGCCAAGGAGGCCUCGCUGCAGGUCGACCAGCUUCCCCUCCGCUUCCUGGAGGCUCCGGCUGACGGACACCUCCGCUUACGUCUCAGCAGCCAGCUGUUUGUAGGCGGAACAGCUUCCCAGCAGAGAGGCUUCCUGGGCUGCAUCAGGACUCUGACUGUCAACGGCGUGAGCUUCGAUCUGGAGGAGCGGGCCAAGAUGACGCCGGGGGUGACCUCUGGUUGUCCCGGCUACUGCAGUGGCUCCAGCAGCCUGUGCCACAACAGAGGCCGGUGUAUCGAGAAGAGCAACGGCUACGUGUGCGACUGCUCCCAGUCCGCCUACGGGGGAACCACCUGUGACCAAGAAGUGUCUGUGUCCUUUGACACGGAGUCCUCGGUGACCUACACCUUCCAGGAGCCCUUCUCAGUGAUGCAGAACAGAAGCUCGCAGGCCUCCAGUGUUUCCACAGAGAGCAGCAGCAGAGCCAGAGAGGACGUGGCCUUCAGCUUCGUCACCUCCCAGAGGCCAGCCAUGCUGCUCACUGUCAGCACCUUCAGCCAGCAAUACAUCGCUGUCAUCCUGGCCAAGAACGGGAGUCUGCAGAUCUGGUAUCACCUUCAGACAGACAGGAGUCCAGACGUGUUCAGCCCCGUCCUCACUAACCUGGCAGACGGACGGCUCCAUCGAAUCAGAAUCCACCGAGUGGGAAAAAACCUUUAUGUGCAGAUCGACCAGGACAUCCACAGAAAGUACACACUGUCAUCCGAUGCAGAGCUGAUCUUAAUCAGAUCCCUGACAUUGGGCAAAGUCACCAGGAGAGAGAACCUCAACGAGGAAGUGAUGCAAGCGGCUUCUAAAGGGUUCAUCGGCUGCCUCUCCUCGGUCCAGUUCAAUCACGUCGCACCGCUGAAGGCAGCGCUGACUAAUCGAGGAAGCUCAUUGGUCACCAUCCGCGGUCCAUUGGUCCAAUCAAACUGCGGAGCGCUGGCGGAGUCCACCUCGCACACACUGCAAGAUCAAACUGUAACAGCAAAUGAGGAUAAAGAGCAGCACGGCAGCGGCACCCAGAAGGAUUUGGCUGUGAUAGCAGGUGUGGUCACAGCGGUGGUCUUCAUCGCUGUGUGCGCUCUGGCUGUGAUAAGCCGCCUCCUCUACCAGCAGCGGCGGGCCCAGAGGAGCAGCAGCAUCAAAGAAGAGGAGAACAGACACAGCAUGUACACAGACUACAGGACAGAGCUGCACCUCCAAAACACAGUCAGGGACAACAUGAAGGAGUACUACAUCUGACCACAGAGUGCACGCUGUGGACCCCAGCCACAAACUUACCUCUCUCUUUAUAAAGGACUUGACAGGUGGACGCACUGCUGCAGGACUUCUCACUACAAAACAUCUCUCUGCCCUGGAAGUCUCCCAGAGACACUGCAACAACAACAAAAGCCUGUAGCCCGUAGUGCACUCUCGUAAUGCUCCAGUGCAAGCAAAGCGGCUGAAUCUUUACAGCCGUUCGUGUUUUUGAUGUUGGUGAAACUGUCAGAAUCAAGCUGCUGUGGUUUCUGUCGUUGCAAAAUGUGUAAAGCAAAAGAUGAAUGUUCUGCAGGGGUGGACAAAGAGACACCGCGAGUGCAAUGAGCGAAAGCAGCCGUCCAUCGCGAACGCGCACAACUUAAAACAUUUAGUUUGAAACCCUCAAAUGCUGACUACUUCCACGUGACGGUGGGACUCUUCUAAAUUGUACUUGCGAGUCAGGAAAUGUAGGCCAGGCCUGUAAGAUAUGCGUGCAUUCGCUGCUGUCUUUGUUUUUUCGGUGGUGGUGAAUGUUGUAGAAGAAGUAAAGGGGACAAUACUGCCUAUACUGUAUGAGUGCCUAAUUUGCAUACAAGUUUUUAUUUGAACAUUCUAGAAGUUAUUCAUGUGAUUUGCACAAAAGCAAUCACAUUUACAUAGAGAGGAGCUUGUUGUCAUUCAGUUCUGCAACCCACACUACAAAGAGUAAAGUUUCCCAGUCAUGCACGACAUCUGCCAGUUUGACCGUCAGUAAUGGCUGACUCUCGGUAAUGUUAAUUUCACUUCACAUUUUUGCGACAGCAUUUAAAUUGAGGAACCUAAAUCCUGUAAUCUGUCGUUCUGUACAGACCCAACACUUUCAAGUGUUUCAGGUUUUCAAGUCUUCAUUCAGACCACGUGUAUUAAGUCGGAGGGAAUAUUUAGCUGAUGUCAUGACAUCGUGGAUUUUCUUCUCUUUUUUUAUUGUGCAGAUUCAGCUCGUGUGUUCUUUUUUUAAGCACAUUAAAUUCCAAAAGCGUUUGCGUAUAUUGUAUCAUGAACGUAGCAGAAAGGAGAAAUGAAUGUGAGGGAUUAUCCUAGUUAAAUAUAUUAAAGCAGUCGUACACAAGCACGUGCAGUAAGGAGUGUAACUAUCAACCUUUGCAGACGGCCAGUAAUCGUAUCGGCUAAAAUCCAAUGCAUACAGUGAUACUGGUAACCACUACGGCGAAGCUUCCAAGCGGCAUCUUUGGUGUUCUUUGGCACACGGGCAGCAGUUCGGUGUGUACAGGAAGUGUUGAGCUGAGCAAGCACUUAAGGAAACUGGUUCAGACAGCCCGCGAGUUAAGUUUGCAAUCAAUCACAGCAGCAGGCUUAUUGGUGCUUGUGCAGCUACAGUUAGCCCGAGGGUCAAUGUGUCAGUCACAUCCUUCUCUACUACACUUUGUCACAAUACCUGAGCGAGUUUCUUCCACUGUUUAAGGUUGUAAUGCUUUUAUUUAAAUUGCUAGUUUACUGAUAUGAAAAAGCCAAGUUGUGCUGUUUGUUGCACAACGGACUCAAAAAGGAACAAAAGUUAAGUUUGUCCAUUGUUUUGCAGCGCUAGCCAGCAGUGCUUAGAGCUUUUUGCAACAAAUAAAAAGGCCACUACUGUAUGUCACAUGACAUAAUCUGUUUUUUUAUGUAUAACCUGGACUACAGGGAUAAGUGGGGUUUUCUAUACAUUUCAAGCAGAAUACUUUUUAUACACAUCUGACGCUGGUUGAUACUAAGAAAAUAAUCCAUACACACUAACAAGGCAACAAGUUUAGAGCCAACCUAGCGGUCCUGCAAAGCUGUAAUGCACACAACACAUCAUUAAACAAAAACUAAAGCAUGGAAAUUAAACUUUUUUUUUAUAAAGAUCCUUACGCACCAGUGGGGCUAAACACUUUGACCUGCAGGUGGAGUCAGAGGAAAAGCAAAGGUUCAAAGUCAGGCUCGGCUCAUUAUCCAUCAGCUUCAGCCGCUCUCAGGCAGGUUAGCUGUCUUUGUCAACGCCACUUGUACUUUGAUCUUAACAAGCAAAGUGUAAGGGUUGAGCCCGAAGAACAGCUGAAUGUGGAAUGCGGCACUUGGUGGUUUUUCUUCUUGAUUAUCCUGUCAUGAAUGAAUGAAGUAAUUAUAAUUUGUCUUCUUGGGGAUCAUAAAUGUUUGUACAAAAAUAUCAAGGAAAGCGAUCCAACAAUUUCCAUACCAAUGCACUGAUGGACGUAUGGAUGGAAAGACUAAAUAUACUUUCCUGGAGCCCCACCGCUUUUCGUUUGGCUAAAGAUUACGUGACUGAAAACGACACGGGAGAGUGGCAUGGUCAAGAGAUAGGGGUCUUCAUCCUUCGGGCCCCGUCUGUGCAUGUCCUCGUUAUCUAAGUAUGUCUCAAGAUGUGAUAGUCUGCAGAUUUCCAGUAUCAGUGAAUGAAUACAUACCUCUCAGAGUGUUUUGGUUGUAUUGCAAUAGGCAAUAUCACGUGGUUACUUCUUCUUAAUGAUUUGUAUAGCUGCAGUUUUAUUAAGGAUCUAUUGUAUAGAUGUAUAAUUUAAUAAUAAAAGUGAAUAUAUUGAUUAA